CACAGAGCAGAUAAACGUGUACGCUGGAUUUCGGAGAUGAGUUCGUCACAUGGUGGCAUGGGCUAAACCCAAACGAGUGAGCCAUAUUCCUCAACUAAAAGCGUUGACUCUCGCUCCACAUGAAUCAGUAGUGAGGUUGUGAGUGAGGCUUCGCACAGUGCACAGUGCUCAGCUGUACAAAGUCUCUCUGUUUUUUUGCUUCCCCCUCUCGGAAAGUUGAAAUAAACUUUGAUGACACUUUGACAUUAACAGCUGACGGAUUGUGAGGAGUCGUUUUGGAGGCGAACGCGCAACUUUCUUGGAGGAAAUUAUGAAGAGGUCGCAUCUGUGAUCAUAUUCAGGUGACAGCUGACAAGCCCCCCUAGCCCCCCAGCAGGUGACCAGCAGGAUGGAGAACAAGGCCAUGUACCUGAGCACGUACGAGGAGCGGGAGAGCGGCUCCACCUACGAGGACAGCUACGAGGGACAGAGCCUCUCCAAACUACAACUGUGUGAUGAUGACGGCUCUGCAAGGCGGCGCAGGAAGCAGGAGCAGUGCUGCGGUCAUCUCAACUCCCUCUCCGCCAUCAAGUACGCCAUCGUGUCCCUCUACAUCCUGGUGCUGCUCACCAUCUUCGGCCUCUGUCUGGCAGUCUCGCGCUCGCGUGUCUCUUCCGAGCACCCUGAGGUGCUGAUGGAGAACGCGACGCGCAUGUCGGAGCGCUCGCGGCAGCUGACCCCGCAGCCCUCGGGGGACGCCGCGUCCACGCAGGCCGACCUGCUGGAGAACAUCUGGAAGCUGGAGAACCUCUUCCAGAACCACAGCGACUGGCUGCAGAGGCUGGAGAUCCUCAUCAAGGGCCUGGAGACGGAGCUGCGCAGCGCCCAGGCUCACUCCCUGCAGGCCGAGGGCUACCUGGUGCAGCUGGACGACCGGCUCUCCUCCCUGAGCAGCUCCGCCACGCGCAACCUGUCGGGCCUCAUCGCGGAGGUGUCCCGGGCCUCCACCUGGCUCCGCGACCAGGACCACCUGCUCAGGGAGACGUCAGGACAGCUAGGCGGGCUCAGGGAGCAGCUGGAGGAGGUCAAUUGGACAGUGGGAGCUGUCAAUCACACCUUCAGCAGUGACAUCAGCAUACAUCACCUGAAGAUCAAGGACCUGCAGAUCCAGAUCAGCAACAUCACGGAGGACACCACCAGCCUGUGGGUGACCCACGUGAACACAGAGGCCCAGCUGAGGAACGAGAUGGAGAUCCUGAACACCAUCACCGAGGACCUCCGCCUCAAGGACUGGGAGCACUCCGUGUUCCUCAAGAACCUCAGCAUACUAGAAGGACCUCCGGGGCCAAAAGGGGAAAAGGGGGAUACCGGGACCCAAGGGUACCACGGAAUGCCAGGAUUAACCGGGAUGAGAGGGAUCGUUGGAGAAAAGGGGUUCCCUGGCUCUCGAGGGUUGAAGGGGUCACCGGGGGUCAACGGGAGUCUCGGUGAGAAGGGGGACAUCGGUCCUGCUGGGCCUAAAGGUGAGAGAGGAGACAGGGGUUUCAGGGGAGAGAAGGGCGAACGAGGAGAUGGCGGAGUGGAGAAGAAAGUGGAGGAACCUCUGGUGAGGCUGGUGAACGGCUCGGGGCCCCACGAGGGCCGCGUGGAGGUGUUCCACGAGCGGCGCUGGGGGACGGUGUGCGACGACUCCUGGGACCAAAAGGACGGGGACGUGGUCUGCAGGAUGCUGGGGUACCGCAGCUCCACCGACGUGCACAAGACCGGACGCUUCGGACAGGGUACUGGUCUGAUCUGGAUGGACGACGUCGCCUGCUUUGGUACAGAGCUCAGCAUUCACCAGUGCAAGUUUCCAGGCUGGGGGAAAACCAACUGUGGACACGUCGAGGACGCCGGUGUGACAUGCGACACUUAGCAUCCUCCUAGCGACUCACAAAGCACCUCCUCAAACGCCUGCAAGCUUCCUACGAGCCACCUAGCUCUCUAAGCUAGCUUGUUGGCUGCACUAUAGCUUUACAGACAUUUUUACACACUAACUUGCUAGCAGCAGCAUUAACCUUUACCAUUCAAGUGUUAUUCAACUUGAUGAAGUACUCACUGUCACAAGUUUUGACUCAGUAUAUUGGCUGCAAACGUGUACCACUUUGAAGCUGCCUUAUGCGACACACCAAAAGCGCAAACUCUAUCCUUUGUGUCCAGUAUUUGUGGAGGUGUUGCUGGAAUCUGGGCUUCUCAAGUUGUCUAAGGACCAUUACGUGGUCCUUCCGUCAACAAUGUUGAAACACCUACAUAGAUAGAAACUCAAAAGAAAAUGCCUUGAUAGAACAGGCUGUCGUUUUGUCUGCAACUAAUUUCACCAGCAUUAUUAGGCUAUGUUAUGAAUGGCUUUUGAACUAUUUUUGAACUCUCACCUUACCUACGCAGGCUCAGCCAAAGCGUAACACAUUUUUUUCCUUUCAAAUGAACUUCAAUAAACCCUGUGACAAAGUAGAUCUGGCACAUGGAAACAGACAUUGUUUUGUAGAAGGGGUGUCGCAUCCUUUUAUACUCCGAGAAGAGGAAGGUUGAUUAUGACCAGAUGGACACAUGGACCGCUGCCUCGUACGAUUUACUACUGUGGGUCUGUCAGUGUCCUCUCUGUCUGUUUCUACAGCCCAGUAGUUGAUCUGAAUGAACGUUGCGCAUCCCCCCCCCCCCCCAACCCACUCCUGACAGAAAAUGGAAACAGAGCAGACAAUCAUUUGGCCGAAUUUUAUCUCUCACAGCAAGCCUUCGCUUUUAUGUCCCCUGGCCAUCCAAGAAAGCUUGCAGCCUUUUCCUUUUUGCACAGUGCUGCUUUCAUAGACAUGGUCUUCCAGCCAAGAACAACCAAGUUUCCAGAACUCAAGAGAUGACACUAACGUCUUCCUGUUUCUCUCGUCUUUAAAGGCUUCAAAGGGAAAUGUUAAGAUCAACAUAGUCUAAAAGGCCAGUGAUACAUGUUGGACUCCUGAUGGGUGAUAUGCAGUGUUCAUAGACCCUUCUUUCCAGUUGCAAAGACAGUUCUGCAAUACAUUAAUGUGCUCCAUAGCUGCCAAAACAAAGGCAGUGCAUUGCGUAGUACCAAAAUACUAUCCAUGUACUGUACAUUGGAUACAGACAUUGGUUGUUUGAUGAAGACAUACGUUUACCAAUGAUUGUACUAUUGACACAUUAAGAAGGAAUUGCAUGUGUAAAGCUCGACUGAAAAGUUUAACAUUGGGAUGACAGUUGACCAUCAGUUGUAGAAGCCUUUAAAAUCAGCAAAAAACUAAAAAUAUCCUGUUUGAAAACAGAAAACUCAUGGAUUUGCCAAGUGUGUGCCUUUUUUCCAUUUUAAAUACCUACUAAAAUGCUAGUACCUGGAGUAGAUACAAGUAGAACAAGCUAGCAGCAAAGUGUACAGUCCACUGGCAGCUGUGACACAGUCUGAGUGCCUUUUUCAACAGACAAAAACAAACGGUCAUGUUCAUUGCUGAAUUCACUCAUUUGACACAGUGUAAUGCGUGCUUACAGUUUCCCCACUUUUUUACGGAUUGUGUUUUUGGGAACCAGAUGACACAAACAAAGGGGGAAAUAAGGGGUCUGAUAUGUGACCUCUGACCUCUGUCCUCUUCUUAAGAUAAGAAGGCUUUGACUGUGGAGCAACAGCUGGGAAACCCUCCAUGUUUAUCGGCACUGACAGCCAAAGACACCGUCCCGCUCUGCCUGUAUAUUUUCCAACCUCCCAUCCAUCAAUUCCUCUUAGGGUGAAAAUAGAUUUUUACUAAGGGUUACUAAGGUGUAUGUAGUUUACGCCCAUAAUAAGUGUCAGUCGCAGUUCCAGGUAGCACAAGGACAGUAGAUGUAUCGGUCGUUUUAUAAUAGAUACUGAAUGCACAUCCUAUGACAUGGCUGGGGAAGUACUGUGGCCAUCGUCCAUUGUUUAUCAUUACUGUCGGUCCACAUUGUUUCAAAGACAGCGUUGUGAACUGCUUAUGUGUCUUCUGCCUUUUUUCAAUGUUUUUAAAGAUAUUAUACAAGUCUAUUGGCUCAUUUGAGGGAAUGGGAAGAGAUUGGGAAGUUUUUCACAGAAGUAAUGGUAACAAUGUAAUCUGUAGUACGCACUUCUUAAUUCCCAAGUUAAUUUCCAUUCACAAAGAUGCAUGUGUUUGAAGGAAGACUUUCAUAGCGAAUAAUGUAUCCACACAUAAAAAUAAUGCUUUGAUGGGAUUUACUGAUUUGUCUGACCUCUGAUCCUCGCUUUGACCCCCGAUGUAUCAAAUUACCGAAGACGCUUGGACAGGGGCUUUGAAGAUGAGAUGCAUAAAAGGCCUUUGAAAUGGAAAAUACCACACAUUGCUGAUCGCCAAACUAAAUCACAGUGUUCCUAACUGUUCCAAUGUGUACUUCCUUUGACCAAUAUUUGAGUGCCCUUGGGUUUUUUUACGAUUGGAUAAUGGGUCCUUGAUUUGUAUGUCAUUUGGAUUACGUUGACAUGUACUACUACACCCUUGGGACGAAUGUGUCCAAGAGUAUUCUAUACUGAUUUAUAUAUAUGUUUUCAUGUUUUCAUGUUUGCAUUGUGCUGGUCAUAAGAGUUGAAAUAGAUAUGCAAUAUCUAUUGAUAGAUAUGUACAGCAUGCAAACAAAAAGAAGAGUAAAUCAUUCAGUGUUACACUAUUAGGUUCAUUGAUAAAGCAUUGACGUUUAUCUCCAAAAAAAUAAUACACAAAAUGCUUAUAUUUUGAUAUCUGAUUUGUACCAUAUAGAUGCUGUAAUAUUCACUGUUGAAAUAAUAAAACUUUAGAUUUGUUUAAA